AUGGUUGAAGCUGAUCGCCCAGGAAAGCUCUUUAUUGGUGGCCUCAAUACAGAAACAAAUGAGAAAGCCCUUGAAGCUGUAUUUGGCAAAUAUGGACGGAUAGUGGAAGUACUCUUGAUGAAAGAUCGUGAAACCAACAAAUCAAGAGGAUUUGCUUUUGUCACCUUUGAAAGCCCAGCAGAUGCUAAGGAUGCAGCCAGGGAUAUGAAUGGAAAGUCCUUAGAUGGAAAAGCCAUCAAAGUAGAACAAGCCACUAAGCCAUCAUUUGAAACUGGUAGACGUGGACCACCUCCACCUCCAAGAAGCAGAGGACCUCCAAGAGGUCUUCGGGGCGGAAGAGGAGGAAGUGGAGGGACCAGGGGACCUCCCCCACGUGGAGGGCACAUGGAUGAUGGAGGCUAUUCCAUGAAUUUUAACAUGAGUUCUUCCAGGGGACCACUUCCAGUAAAAAGGGGACCACCCCCGAGAAGUGGGGGUCCUCCUCCUAAAAGAUCUGCUCCUUCAGGACCAGUUCGCAGCAGCAGUGGAAUGGGAGGAAGAGCUCCUGUAUCACGUGGAAGAGAUAGUUAUGGAGGCCCACCUCGAAGGGAACCCCUGCCUUCCCGUAGAGAUGUUUAUUUGUCACCAAGAGAUGAUGGAUAUUCGACAAAGGACAGCUACUCGAGUAGAGACUACCCCAGCUCUCGUGAUACAAGAGACUAUGCUCCACCACCAAGAGAUUAUACUUAUCGUGAUUAUGGUCAUUCCAGUUCACGUGAUGACUAUCCGUCAAGAGGUUAUAGUGAUAGAGAUGGCUAUGGUCGUGAUCGUGACUAUUCAGAUCAUCCAAGUGGUUCCUACAGGGAUUCAUAUGACAGUUAUGGUAACUCACGUAGUGCUCCACCUACACGAGGGCCCCCGCCAUCUUAUGGUGGAAGCAGUCGCUAUGAUGAUUACAGCAGCUCACGUGACGGAUAUGGUGGAAGUCGAGACAGUUACUCAAGCAGCCGAAGUGAUCUCUACUCAAGUGGUCGUGAUCGGGUUGGCAGACAAGAAAGAGGGCUUCCCCCUUCUAUGGAAAGGGGGUACCCUCCUCCACGUGAUUCCUACAGCAGUUCAAGCCGCGGAGCACCCAGGGGUGGUGGCCGUGGAGGAAGCCGAUCUGAUAGAGGGGGAGGCAGAAGCAGAUAUUAA